AUGGCAGAAAGCGCAAAUCUCGCGUCUGAAUUGUUCCCACCGGAGGGCGCAAUCCCUACUGAUUCUGCGCUUGCCGCCGACAACGUUCUCUCCCUCUCCAAGAGCUCCAGUGAUGUGGUAAAAGAUCGUUUCCAGUCCGAAGAGCUGCGAAAGAGCGCCAGUGAGGCGGCAUGUUUACAAAAGGACCUGAAAAAUGGGGACCAGGUGCAGGAGCCUGAAAAGACUGGCCCCCACCCUACAGAAUGUGCGGUGGAACACGCAACUGCGCGGAAUGCAGCACAUGCUGCUGAAGUUCUCAUUUCUGCCAGAGGAGAAACACAGCCUAAAGAGGACCAUAUAAACCAUGAGAAAAGUCUACCCUGUGGGGGGAUGUUACAGGCAUCGAAAGAAAGUGCCCCAUCUUCCCAGAGGGACUUGAGCAGACAGACCUUGACUCCAGCCAGGCUGCCUGUCCAGAGGAGUCACUCAGACAGUAUACCCAUGUUUAAGGAGGACAAUAUUCCCCCUCACUGUGAAACUAGCAGGUCUUGUCACUGUAGGAAGGACCAGGAGGUUCCGACACAGCCGUUACCUGCGCUGGUUUGCAAGCAAGCCAUGCCACUGCAGCAAAGUAAUACGGUUAUGACCUUCUGCAGAGGAGGGAGCAGCAGCUCCGGAAACCCCACACAGCAAACUCAGCAAGGCUGCAUUCAGAUCUGCCCAUCUGGCUCUUCAAACGCGCAAGCUGAGGUUGGCGGUGAAAAGAGGCACCAGAAGUUCGAGGAGGCGGCUUGCUGCGGUUCCUUUGUCCAUCAGGGCAUGCUGAAGGACACUUUCGCUGCCUACUGCCACCCCCAGCCUAUUCCAGCCCCCGCUCAGCUGCUGCCCCGGCUGGAAGGCACGGAAGGAGACUGCAGGAGUCAGAUGACAUCACCUGGCAUGCUGGCCCUCCCUCGACUGGUAUCCUCUGUCAGCGAGACUGGGCUGGAUGCUAAGAAGCUUUUGAGUUGCUGCAGUCUUGACUGCAACUGGCCCGCUCUGCUGCGCCCUAGCGGGAGCCAGACGCAUUUGGCGGAGGAGCGCAGGAGUACCAGAGAAGCAGGGACCAUGACCUCCCACAGGGAGCUGAGGGACGUAGGAGUCCAGGCAGGAAAAGACUUGGAGGAACCUCCGCCUCACGUCUUUCCAGAAGUGUGCCUGGUCGAGGACAGAGUAAACGGUAACGACAAAGGCACGGCGGGAAGCCGAAAAUCUCCCGUGAGGGAGGUGAAGUGGGAUUCAGAGGGCAUGACUUGGGAGGUGUACGGGGCCUCAGUGGACCCGCAGGAGCUGGGCCUCGCCAUCCAGAGGCACCUGGAGAUCCAGAUUAAGGAGACCGCCAGCCGGGCCGCAAAACUUUCGCGUGAAAACACCACAACCUCCCGGAACAGUGGCGGUGCAGGCCGAAGGAGGGGAAAAAAGGGGGGUCUGAUGGCCUCUCUGAGGAACCCAGGUUGCUGCGUACGCUCCAGCACAGCAGUGGACUGA